AUGGCCGGUUCAGUUGUCCGUCCACUGCCUCAGGCCACGGCGCCCACCAUGGACAGGCCGCCGUGCGCAGACGAAAGGGUCGAGAUUGGACUGGACAUGCAAGCGCCGCUUUCCGGCGUUGUGGUCAACCUCGACGGCCUGCAAAAAGUUCGCCCGAGCAGUCUUCAGAACGAAUUCGCCGCUCUCAAAGGGAGUCAGACAGUUGGCGAGCUGCUCCAGCGACUGGAGGCGACCCACCACCGUCUCGAAGACCUCCGUUUGUUUCAGGCAGCGGUGAGCGAAGUUCACUGUGGAGCGCGCCCGGGCGAAGUCUCCGUGAACUUCUUUUUGAAAGAGAAAUCCGCCUCUUAUCUGUUUGGGACGUACGUGAACGCGAGAGGCGACGUCGAACUCGAGGCGAAUGCCCACGUCCCGGCGUUUCUCGGCGGCAUCCAAACGUUCUCGCUGACGGGCGGCGUGACUCCCGUCAGUUCCACAUCCCAGCUGAAGCUCUCUGCGGACCUCGCCUUUCCGCGCCUUCCGCGGUUCUCCUUCUUCUCCAGUCGUCUCUGUCCCUCUCGGCACCGGACUGAACUCGCUGCCUCCGGCGACGGCGGGUGCGAGAAGGCCGGCGAGAAGCCGGAAGCCGGGCUGUGCAGGAAGGAAGAGAAGACCGGUAAAAGUGCCUCUUCUGGGGGGCCUUCGUGUGGAGCACUUCACGAAGACGGCUUCUUUUCUUCCGGCCUAAUCAGGGCUUUCUCGACGCAGACGUCCUGGGCAGCCGCCUCGUCCUUCUUCCUCCAACAGACCGGCCUCGGUGCCCAUGCCUUCAGCCGAGACGGUCGGCACACGCUGGGUUGGGAGACGUGCAUGCGCGACAUCGUCCCUUCCUGCGACGCCUCCCGAAUGGCGUCUCCGUCGAUUCUCCGCACGCCUCUCCGCUCCCUGAAACACGGUCUUCGGUACGACUUCACGCUGGACCGCCUGGACAAGCAAAGCAGUCGCAAUGCCUCGGAAGCGUGCGACAGCGCCCGUACGCGUGGGAGCUCGGCUGGAGGACCGGGCGGCAGCCCCGAAGUGCCAAGCGUGGAAGGCGUGAAUGUGGACAACGGGCUCUUCCCCCGAAGCGGCUACGUGAUUAACGCAGGCGCUGAGGUAGCGCUUCCAGGCGGAGACGCGCGUUUCCUCAAGGCGCACCUCCAGGGGUUCGCCGCCGCCCCUCUCCCUGCCUCGUUGGCCUCGCUCUCCCGAGAAAAGAGUCGCCUUUCCUCUUCUGCGAAGGCCCCGUCUUCGGAGGGGAGUGAACUCGCACCGAGCAACACAGACGCAAAAACGCUGCCCUCGCCCUGGGUGCUCAGCGGCAGAAUCGGCUGUGGAUUCCUCAUUCCCGGAGGCGCCGGCGGCGCGAGUGUCUGCGACAAAUUCCGUCUCACGGGCCCCUACGGCGCUGGUACCGCCUUGAGGGGCUUCCGCAGUUACGCCGUUGGCCCCUCGGAUGUCUGUCACAUUCAGGAUCCGACGACGAAGCAUUGGCGUCCGGCUGUCGACUACCUCGGUGGCGAUUCGUUCCUUGCGUCUGAGGUGUGCUUGUCGUACGAUCUGCGCUUUCCGUCUUCGUGGAAAACGUCUUCUUCGGUCCCUCCCUCGCUGACUCAGCAGGGCGCUUCGCCCUCGACUCCAACCUCGCCCUUCCACCCCCGCGCCUUUUUGUUUGGGAGUGUCGCGACGCUGGGCGACGUCUUCUCUGCGACCGGCAGUCCUUUCUCGGGGGACGCCUCUGCUGCCAAAGAGUUGUUCUUCAACUUCACGGAGCUCCUAAGAAACUGGAGAGGCUCCGUGGGCUGGGGCCUCGCGCUCCCCAUCUACCGCGGCGUGUGGCUCGAGGGGCUUGUUGCGCUGCCAGUCAGGAAACAGCGAGGCGACGACGUCCAGCGCUUCCAGUUGGGCCUUCGGCUGUCUUCCGGAAGAAUGCCCGAGUAG